UAAGAGGACGAGAAGGGGAAAAGUAGAGACACACACAAACACACUGAUGAAACCACAAAUAUAAAUAGGGAAACUAUUGGAAGGGAAGGGAAGGAAUAGAAGAGAUGGCUGGAGAAUCAAAAUCAAUGAUGGAAAGGGAAAUUGAAAGUAUGAGAGUCGAUCUAAGUGAUGGUGAAAAGGUUAAGAGUUUCGUGGACAAAUUUCCAGCACAAGAACAACCUCUGGAUUGCAGGGCAUUAAACGUGGCAUCUUCUAGACGCACUUUUUGGAACAAAACGACGACAGCCUCUAAACCUCGCGCCAGGAGGAGGCUUUCUUCUUCUUCUUCCUCUUGUUGUUUCGAUGCUGAUGGAUUGAUGGCAGAUGCUGAUGUUUGGAGGAGGUGGAGGAUUCACGAAAAGAUCAAGUUAGCCUUUUCUCUGUUCUAUGCACAUCAUGUGCCUGGUUUAGUACAGUUCUGGGCCCCUGUUAAUGUUGGUGAAACCAAAUCAUCAACCACACAUUCGACUUCCUGUCAACCUUUUGCCCUUGACGAUCUUGCCAACCCUCGUCUUUUGGACUAUAGGCUGUUUUCUACCAGCUACCACUGUCUUCCUUCUGAUCAAUCUGUUGUCGACGAUCCCCUUGCCACCGCAUUCCUCACCCGGUUCCCGCAGGUAGUUCUGGAUCUCAGGAAGAUCUCUCACAAGGGGAGUCCAUUGGUGAACAAAGCCAUCGAUUGCCGCUUGACUUGUUCAAUUUUGCUCCCUGUUUUUCACCAUCCUCUUCGUCGCCGUAGCUGCUCUUCUUCUUCUUCUUCUUCUUCUUCUUGUGCUGGUGUUGUUGAGUGUUGUAUCGAUGCCCCUUCUCUUCUUCAACCACUUCUUUGGUUUUUGAAUCUUUCACUUAAGCGGGUCUGUCUCUCCACUUAUCCUGUUCAACAACAUCUGACAUACCAGCCUAGCCAUGGUCUCUGCCGAGCCAAAGAUGAAAUUGACAAGGCAUUGAAGAUUGUUUGCGAAUCUCUUCGUUUGAAUCUCGCCCAAGUUUGGAUCUUUGACGAUAGUGUCAGUCAUGUGUCCACCCCCUCUUCCUCUUCAUCUUCCCCUUCACUUUCACCCUCACCUUCACCUUCAUCUUCUUUAUCCCUUUCUUCUUCUUCUUCUUCUUCUACGACUUCUUCCGAAGACACUCAUCUUCAAACAAAGCAACCAGGGAAAUAUUUGGUCAAAUUCUGUGGUUAUAUGGGCGCCUGUAUUGCCCGUGAUGCUGAUUACACUACUAGCCUAAAUUACUGUCGUGCUUGUGGCGUUCUUCCUUUGAAAUCAGAGGACUCUGGGUUUGUUGGUCCGACACUUGCAACUGAUGGAUGAUGAUAAUGUUAGUUUUACUUUGGCUAAUGGGUUAAUUGUUGAUGAUGAUGAUGAUGAUGAGACGGAGCAAAAAGCUGCUGAAGAUGAAGAUCGAUCAGUUGGACAUCAUAAAUGUUGAUGAAGAAACAGAGGCUUUGCAAGUCACUGCUGCUGGUUCAAGUGAUCAUGUGAACCAAAAAGCUACUGAUGAUGUGAUUGAAUCUGCCUGAAAACAUCUUGAAAGCUCGCGGCAUUGCUAUAACGUAGCUGCAAACGGGUUGAAGUCGUGUCUAAAUUGAUGCAACCGGCCUGUUGUGGCUUACUUUGAAGCAGAAAAGAAUGAAGAGCUGUUGGAUGGGGCUAAACUAGUAUCACAAGCUGUGAACAACAUAUUUGUAACCAAUGAUUAGGUGGUUGUCAGUAGACAAUUAAACCGCAUCUUUGCGGGAAACGACCAUCAAAAAAUCCUAUUGAUACUCCGCCGUCAUCCAAGAAGCCGAGAAAACCAGUGCUCACCUGGGAACGGAGGGAAGAGGUAAUUGCUCAAUUCGGGAAUAAACAAGAAGAGGCUGCUGAAAACCUGGGCGCGUCAAGGCCUUCUUUGAGCCGUUAUGUCAAAGAGAAGCUGAAUAUCGAUGGAUGGCCCGGCAAACCAACAGCAGGAAUCAUAUUAGUACAUGUAAGGAGAUCGAUUGGAUUCCGAUGAUGCACAUCGCGCGUUUCAACACUCCGGCCUAUUUUGACCCCAGUUAUGCACAAUUGUUGGAAAGCCCGUCUACCUGGACUACUGUCAAUCUCCAAGACUACAAGGUAGUCUACAAAUGGGUGGCCAAUCAAGGGGAAGGGAUGGAGGAUAAUUAAAGAGGUAAAGGAUGAUGCUACAUGGGGUGAUGCUACAUGGGGUGAGUGUCUCGAUUAUCAACGGAAGACUAACCAUUGGACCUGCAUUCGCCUCCUGCCGGUUCGUAAGUGAACCUCAACCUCAUCAUGAGUUGAAACAUCUCAAUCAACAAGUCCUCAUGUAGCUGCCAAGUAAAGUCCUCAUGUUUUGUUCUUAAUCUACUGAAAAAGCUUAAACUUAUAAUAAUGAGGCUGAUGUAGUUAUUAAAACUUAAUUGCACUCUUAGAUGUUGAUUGACCAUGAAUUGGAUUCGGAUUUGGAUGGUA